GUAAAUUGUAUGGAGUUAAACAAGCCCUACACUGGAGGAGAACAUCAAAUUCCUGCUCGGAAACAGCUCUUGUUAACAAUUUGGUGGUUAGGCAAGGGAGAGACCUUAAUUUCUGUGGCAGACAGAUUUGAUGUCAGUUUGAGCACAGUAUAUCAUUGCACAAAUUUUUUACUUUCAAAGUUACUAUCUUUACAAUCAAGAUAUAUUACAUGGCCUGAUCUUGCAGAAGUGUCGAGAGUUGAACUAGAUUUUCGUGAGCGAUGUGGAUUUCCAGGAGUUGUUGGAGCGAUAGAUGUUUGCAAUAUAUGUUUUAAACCGCCCGUGGAACACCAAGAAAGCUACAUAGAUCGCAAAAUGCAGCACUCUAUUAAACUUCAAGCGAUUUUAACAUCACAAAAAACAUUUACAAACAUCAUGAAUGUGAAGAACAGGGAAAUCACCGCAAAUAUUUUUAUAACAACUACCACCUGGUUGGAGACUCUGCUUAUCCCUUGUAUAGUUGGCUGAUGACACCAUACAGAGAUCGUGGACAUUUAAAUCACAUUCAAAGACGUUACAAUAAUUUACAUAGCAUCACAAGAAUUGUAGUUGAGCACUCCUUUGGAAUUUUAAAAUCAAGGUGGAGAAUAUUGAAAUAUGUUAAUGUCAACAGUGUUGAG